AUGUCCGUUCCUUUAUCAACACUUCCAGGCUCCGAGGAUGAGAUCAAGCAAAUUGAACAUUGGCAGGGCACCGACUUCAUUCAUGGGUGUCAUGGAGACACCUGUGGUGAAAAUUUUCAAGCCUCAAUCCCUUCUGUUCCUGAACACAGAAUGAUCGAGCCUCACCUUGGAGAGCUGGAGCAAAUUGAUAGUGCUACUGGUCCACCAGAGAUGGCUAUUCCCCCUCUGUUGCCUCAAAGUUCAUUUCAGCCGUGCAAUUUAUCAGAAAAUGGACCAGAAGAAUAUUCAGGAGCAAAGGAUGGAUUGUUGGAUCAUAUAGACCAUCUUUAUGAUGAUGAAAUGAGAUCCUCUGGAAACAUAAGCACGGAAGUCAAUAGUUGGUUAUCUGCAUUUGAACAGGGAAUACAUCCACGAGUCAUGAGUGACGACGAGCUGUCAGGUGAUGGCUGGUUGUCAUUCCUGCGGAUUGCCAUCAGCCACCUGGGUGGACUUUCCCAACCAAGGUUUCUGGAAGAGCAGAUCACCUGUCAGGAUCAGGUUACUGGGCAUCGUGUAUGGAUCAAGCUACAGCAACGCUCUGGCUGGUCGGUUAAACUGGAAGCUACGCGCCACCACCUCUUCGACGCCCUGCAGGACGCGGCAAUGCUGGCCGUUAUUACCAUGAGGCAGCAUUUCCCUUGCGAGUUCAGAGGCACUCCGUUUGAAGUUCUGCCUGUGGAACCCGGGCAAAGGAGCAGGCAGCUAGACGACGGUGCCGCGGUCGUCCGCGGCGGUGCCAUGGCUUCCGCUUUUACGGGGAUCGAUCACGAUGAUGUCCAACGUCUUCUCGCGGUCGGCUUCAUGUCCCUUUUCCAUGAGCGUUCCCAGUCUUUGCAACGUUUGAGGGAGCACGAGAUGAAGCAGCAGCUGCUGAUCGCGGAGAUAGAGAAGAUGGUGGAAGAGCUCGAUGGUUCCCCAACCCGGACGCAGGAGUUGGAUCGAAGAAUUGCGGAGCUGAAAAGGAAGUCGGGGGAGAUGCAUGGACUUCAUGCGCAUGCUGUCAAAGGAUACAUCGGUUGGUCAGUUUUCGUCUCAAACGAGGCGCAGCAGGAGAUGAAGCCAUUGGAGGAUGGGGAUGAGGUACCACCUGCAAUUGCAAGCUCCUCAGCAGUAUCGGGCAGGGCCAGGCUGUGA